UCAUCAUCUUCAAUCUGCGCGUCGACGGGAACAAUGAAAUGGAGUUUGAUGCCACCAGCGACCCACACGAUCUACACGUUGCACGCCAGGUGACACAGGCGUACACGGAUCGCCGAAUGGUUCAAGCCAGGCAAUCCGCGGGUCCCGAUGAGCCUUCCAAUAUCAUUCAUACCUCUCUUCGCGCGUAUUGUGAGGUGUUUGUACGGCAAACCACGCAUGAGCAUCCACAUUCGUGGCAAGAAGGUGCAGACACGCUACCUGGAACGAAUGCUAGAUAGAGUGGAGUACGACAGCUACAGACCAAUGACGGUGAUGAGGCAGGACAUGGUGCGGAUCGUGUUUGGCCUGGCAGAGAGCAAGGACAGUCCGUAUGGCAUGAUGCUGUACCACAACAACCGCCUCAUCAAGGGAUAUUAUCACAUGGGCCUACAAGCAAGGGCUGAGGCUGUCGGUGUGGUCGGCGUCAUCGACUGUCCGUUCCUGCAACCGACUCACAACAAGCAGGAGUUUGAUGGCUCGCAACAAUACCAAGCAUUUCUGAAGUCUUUGCAGGCAAAGCUAAAGGAUUACUGGUACCGGCUCACGCACCGCGAAGUCAAGGACUCCAUCACGGGCAAAGUGGUACGUGAGGAGAAUGUGGCGGUGACAUUUCGCAAGCAGAGUGCGUCCGAUGUCAGAAGUGCCGCGACCGACCUCUGGGUGCAGUGUGACCAGUGCAAGAAGUGGCGCAAGCUGAGCAAGCAGCUGGAUACCGACACGGCCGAUGGUGAAUGGUACUGCUUCAUGAACGAGGAUCCGUUGCAUUCCGACUGUAACCAUCCUGAAGAAAACGAGGACAGCUGUGAUGCAGACGCACCCCGCAAGAAGAUCACCCGAGCACCAAAACGACCAUCAAUGGCAUCAGAGAGGGAGAGAGACAGAAAGGAACAAGAGGCAAAGAUGCAACGAGACAAGCAAGCACUGGAGGAACGUGAAGAACGGCUGCGCCAGAAGGAGAAAAUGAUGGCCAGACAGCAGCGUGCAGAGAAGAGAGCAUCAGAAGCCGCGAAUCACGAGGCCGUGUCACCAGUGGAAGAACAUGCUACCGCACAUGCCAGUCCCGAGAUGGCUGCUGGCCUGGCAAGCCCUGCUGCCUCACCUGACAAUAGGGAUUUUGCCAUAGCCCCACCACCGGAUCCUGCAAGCUUGCAUGGUCUGUUUACGGACAGCGAAGACACACCUGCAGCUGAUGGGUUUAUCCGAGAGAGCAUUGUCAAGAUGGAACCAGUGGACGGGCAGCCGGCCAUGAACAAGUGCGCCGUGCAGUGUUGCAAGUGUUCCAAGUGGCGCCAAGUGCCGGUGUCAGCCUUCUACAACCUAUCCGACGCUAUGCUGUGGGAGUGUUCUAUGAACCCGGACCCACGCAUGUGCGACUCGUGUCAGUUCCCGCAAGCGAUCAGGAGCAGUGCGGUGGCAUGUCUUGAUGCACGCUGCAAGAAACCUUACAGGCCGCAAGCUGCUUCUGCACGGACACGUGCAGCGUCCAGUGUCAGCGACACAGACGCCGAGUCAUUGGCCAGCCGUGAGCUGGCCACAUCGCCUGAAGUGGCAAAUAUGAUGCCAACAGCAACAACUGGACAAAUGGACAUGCCAUCAGCAUCAACACUAACAACGGCAACAACAAGACCAGGACCAAAUAACCAUACCACAGCCACAGGCAACAGUCUCCAACAAGCCGACAACAGUGAUAACACUACUGGUAGUGAUAAUGAUGAAGACUAUACGUUUCCCAGCUCGGGUAUCUUUUCCCCCACACCAGCUGUGAAUACUUACAGUGACGGCAACACUAUGGCUGAAGGUUUGGACCGGGCCAGCGAGACCGAUUCUGCGCCGUCUCCUCCGCUACUGCAGGGUGCUGAUGAGGACGAGUACGAUGGUGCAUUCACUGCUGCAGAAGUGGUAAGCGCCAGCAACGCUCCUGCUCCUACUCCUACUGCUGCUGAGCAAGGUAGACGUGCACGCACGGUCACAGCGCGUGCUGUAAGCGGACCAGCCGCCGAGUCCAUCAGGCGUGAUGCCCAGUCACGACAUUGGGUCACAUCUAGCAGGAAACGGCCAAGCACUGUGCAGGCCUACGGCAGUGACAGCACCGGUGCCGAGGAGAGUGCAGAUAGCAGACAGCCGCCUGCAAAGCAAGCCUGGACACGCUUGACACCAGGGAGAGCCACUGCUGGCGAGCAACCAGACCAGCUACCAGCAACAGAAGGUACCAGUAAUCAGCAACGUGACAGUGAUCAGAUGGAUGCCGAGGAGGACUACGCAGGCGAAAGGGAGCGUGACUUGGAAAGCAAACUGCGCGAGUCUGAGGAGUGCUGCAACCAGCUCACACAGGAGAUGGGGAAGCAGCAACAGCAACACGAUGACCAGUGCAAGAGACUGCAAGACCAAGUGGCGCAUCUGGAGGCAAAGUUGCGGGAGCGGACCGAGGAGCUGGAAGACGCAAGACGAAAAAUUGAGCAGCAAGAGGCUGAGCUAAGCAAAGCCAAGACUAAGACACGACAACUGUCACGCUCGACUACGAUCAAGAGAGAGCCAACAGCAGUCAUUUUGUUGGGGUGAGAGGGGAGUGGAAUGGAACGACCAUGUCGGGUAUGUCAUCUGGACUUGAACCGCAAACUUGAUCACCUAACUGCCAGCCGGUCCGGCUCUGUGCUGACACGGGCAUGCUUGCGACGGUGUUUGGAGUAAAGGACAAGGAUAUGGAAGUAUAGCAAUGGCACCGGAGAAUAUAUCACUAGAUGUGUUUCCCGCAGUCUGACACUGGACAGUUGAGCAGAUCAUGUCAAGAAGAAUAGGAUAGCCACCUGAUUAGAUAUUCAUUUUUUUAAGACAUUGUUUCCUUCAUUUGCCGUAGUGUUGUCACGAGUCAAUAUUCGAUAAUGAUACUAACGCACAUUGCAGUGAGAGCUAUCUCGUUUAUAUCUUCUUCUGUAUUUUGCUUUUUAACUUUUUUUAUGGUCCCUGGUUAGAGUCCUGGUGAUGACAGCCAGCUUUUUCAAACUUCUCCCCUCUUUCAACUCCAUUAAUCUUUGAAUGCGCGGGCUUUUAGAUUCUACUUCUUUAAAUUCUUGAUCAGAAUUCUUCUACAUGAUUGGAUCUCUUAUGGUGGGUUGGAUCUCUUAUGGUGGUUGGAUCUCACUGGCUAUAGCUAGAAAGGUCGGCCUGUGGCUGUACUGUCUUUUCAGUUCAUCGCUAAUCUUUGAAUGCGCCUGCUUUUUAGAUUCUACAUCUUUUUAAUUGAUCAGAAUUCUUCUACAUGA